GGUGGAGCCUGGAGGCAGACUGGCGUUACGGGUUGCCAAUUGUAACAGGAGUUGGGCCAAACCUGGGGAGGAGCCAGAUUUAGGUGCAGAGCCAGACCAGGAACAGAAGUCGAGUGGGUGUGGUGACAGGCUAGCCAGGGGGCGGAGCCAUCCGUGGGGCGGGACCAGGCCUGUAGGCGGAACAAGGCCUGAGACUGGAGUCUAAUUGGGGCGGGGCUAGGCAGGGGCGGGACCAGAGUUGGAAGCAAGACCACGCCGGGAGCCGAGAUGGCGCGGCCUGUCCACAGCGCGCGCCGUUGGUUGGUGCGGCGUGACCGGGCGUGGCGCGGGAGGCGCAGUCCGUUGGUGCGCGGCUGGAGGGCGCGGCGCUGGUGGCGCCAAUGUUUGGGCACGGCCGGAUGGGCCAGGCCAUGGCCCUACUGCUGUUCCUGGGCAUGACAGCGGCGCUGGCCUGGGGCUGCCUGCAGUGCGACCCCAACUUCUCGGAGAAAUUCUCCUUCUACCGUCAUCACGUGAACCUCAAGUCCUGGUGGGUGGGUGACAUCCCCGUGUCGGGGGUGUUGCUCUCCGAGUGGAGCCACAACACGAUGAAGGAGCUCCAUUUGGCCAUCCCCGCCGAGAUCACCCGGAAGAAGCUACAUCAAGUGGCAGAAGCCGUGUAUCAGAGGAUGGACCAGCUGUACCAGGGGAAGAUGUACUUCCCAGGAUAUUUCCCCAAUGAGCUGCGGGCCAUCUUCCGGGAGCAAGUGCGCCUCAUCCAGAAUGCCAUCAUAGAGAGCCGCAUCGACUGUCAGCGUCACUGUGGCAUCUUCCAAUAUGAGACCAUCUCCUGCAGCAACUGCACAGACUCACAUGUUGUCUGCUUCGGCUACUACUGCAAGUAUGGCUCACCCAGCCAUCCCACUGCCCCUGGGGGCCUGCCUGGGCCUUGGGGAUAUCCCACCACCAAGCCUUGUGUUCUCCCUGCCCCAGGUCAUCGCCACAGUGGGAGUCAGCUGUACAGGGCCUUCUGAAAUACAUAAACACCUGGCACAAACAGGAUGUAAAGAUGAGCCUUUCACAGAACAUAAGGUGUCUGGAACCUCAGCAUCUGGUUAACCUGACCUUGGAAAAUGCCUCUGAGUGUCUGACCCAGCACUGACAGUGGCUGCCAGCCCCAGCCUUGGCAGGGGCCAGAACUCAACUGUGCUGUGGCAGCCUAUUCCUCUGGAGAUGCUAGCAGCUGCCUGCUUCAGGUCACCUCUCCCACUCCCGUGGAGCCCAGGCUGGGCCUGGGCAGGGAGAUAGACUUUGUGUAAGAUAGUGGGGAACUCCCCAGGGCAGGCCCCUCUGAGAUAUUUUGAAUAAAAUGCCCUGACAUUUCUCAUGAA